UGUGAUAAUUUAAUAUGGAAUUAUUGGGUAACUCAAAGAUUUUUAUAUGACUAAUUGGUAUACUGGAAUCAUCUGUUACUUAUGAAGUGCUAAUUGCCAAUAAGAUAUGUUUAGAUAUAUAUUAAUAUGAUAUUGAUGAAAAGGUUACUGCACUUCUACCCAUGCGUAAAUCUGUAGAAAAUCUCUUAAUAUCAUCUCAUGAUGUAAUAGGGCAGAGUUUUAACCAAGCCUUGGCUUUCUCGGGCGCCAUGGCUGCCUCCGCACCCCCACAGACAUCACCGCUUGCAGAACACCGCAGAUCACCCAGCCCAAAUUUAAGUCCCAGCAACAGCCCCAAAGCAAGGAACCGUAGAGAACAUUCACGCAGUGAUACACAUUUGUUUGUACCGUCAAAUGAGUUUUAUAACAACAAUGUAGAGAAGACUGAUGGAGCUGAACAGGAUAACAUUAGUCGAUCUAGUGACUCUAGCCAAGUCAUAGAUCUAAGUCGCUCUGUUUCUCAUGAAAGUGAAAGAGGAGAUAAAGACAGCAGUAGGAUAACUAAGCGUGAUUCCAGAGUUAAUGAUCGCACAAAGAAAAAAUCAUCCUGGUAUAAUGUUCUUUAUCCUAAUUACAAAACGCGAUCAGAAGACUUCAAAAGAAUUUUUAAGGACGUUCCAGAUGAUGAAAGACUUAUUGUUGAAUAUUCUUGCGCAAUGCAAAAAGAUAUAUUACUGCAAGGUAGGCUUUAUGUUUCUCAGAACUUCUUAUGUUUUUAUGCAAACAUUUUUGGUUGGGAGACAUCUGUAUCAUUGAAAUGGAGAGAAGUGACUGCUAUAACCAAAGAAAAAACUGCAUUGGUAAUACCUAAUGCCAUUUUAGUUUGCACUGAAGCAGAAAAACACUUUUUUACUAGUUUUACUGCUAGAGAUAAGGCACAUUUAAUGCUAUUCAGAGUAUGGCAGCAUGCGCUCAUGGAUCAACCUGUACCAAUGCAAGUAAUGUGGAAAUGGGUUCAUAAUUGCUACGGUGAUGAAUUGGGCCUCACAAGCGAUGAUGAAUAUGCAGCCCCGAAUGAUGAAGAAAAGUUAUCUAGUGCUCGUUUGUCUGUAGAAUCUUUUUCUGAAGAAGGUUUGAGUGUUGCUGAGCAAAACAUAGAAAUUGAACAUGCAGAAGAAGCUGACAGUAACAUUGAUUUAUCAACAUGCAUAACAUUACCACCUGGUAAUCCAGAAACGCCAUUGAGAGCCUCGACUCCAGCUGAACAACUUCCAACUGAUUUAUCCGACACCACUGAUUCUGAUGUAGAGAAGUCUGCGCCUUUUUUGCCAAAAUCAAUCAUAUGCCCAGCUCCACAUGUAGGCAGACAACUUGUUCAAGCAGAAUUUCCAAUACAUGUUGACACUUUGUUUACGUUGCUUUUUACUGGUUCACAAUUUUUAAUAGAUUUUCAUGCUGCCAGAAACACGCAAGAUUUAGUUCAGGGUUCCUGGGCACAAAAUACGCACGGGGUAAAAAGUCGUACAGUCUCCUUAACUGUAGCUUUAACGCAGCCUGUGGGACCGAAAACGUCGCAGGUAACUGAGACUCAGGUGAUGUUGCCUUGCAGUAAACCUGGCCAGUUGUAUUCCAUAGAUAUUGACUCUGUGAAUGUAGGCAUUCCUUAUGCAGCAAGUUUUUAUGUUACAAUGCAUUACUGUCUUAUUCGUACUGGUGAUCAGCAAUCUAGUAUUUCAGUGCACGCACAAAUUAAAUACAAAAAAUCUGUUUGGAGUGUCGCAAAAGGUUUUAUUGAAAAAAACGCUUGGGCAGGUUUAGAAGACUUUUUUGAUGCCCUCAUCAAAGCCUUAGCGGAAGAAUGUGAACUUUCUCCAAAUAGACAAAGAAAAUCGCGAAGGAGAAGACGCGUAACGGCACCAGUGCCUCGUCCUACUGAUGACGGAUUCAGAUCUCGUAGUUCUCAUAUUUUGCCAUACACAAGCAGAACAUCCAGUCAGACUGUUAAUCAUCCAGUGAGGAGAUCCACAGAUUCUUUAGCUUGGGGAGUGCUGGUCAUUCUCGUCAUUUUAGUAUUUUUAAAUGCUGCAUUAUUUUAUAAAUUAUGGGCUCUUGAGGAGAAAUCUUCACAAGGACCUACAGAGGUGCAUGUUAUGAGAAAUCCACCGCAAUCUCAUGAUGAAUGGUUAAGAGUAUUACAGCGUCAGGAAUCCUUGCAUUCUGCAGAAAUGAGAAAAUGGCAAAGGGUACUUCAUUCAGCGAUCCAAUUGCUUCGAAAGACAGAGCAGAGCUUAGGGGAAUUGCAUCAAGCACUGCAGCCUGUCACCCCACCCGCUGAAAUACCAGAAAAACACUCAGAAUUAUAAUUCUGAAGCGCUAUUGUUAAUAUUAUUGUAAUAAAAUUCCCAUGGCAUUUGUGAUCAUAUAUGCAAGAAUGUAUAGAUUAUUCCUAGUCUUACUUUACUUAAAAAGCAGGUUGCAUAGAUGUUAGAAU